GCUGUGGUCACGCUGCUGGUGGAGAGCCUGAGGAAGCAGACUCUGGAAGGCGACCCUGCUCAGCCGGGGGACUUCUACCUGUCCCUGCUGGACCCGAAAACCCUCGCAGAGUGCUGGCCCCCAGAUGGCUUGAUGCCUGAGAGCAGCUACUGGCAGCUCUGCCCUCCCUCCAAGUCCGGCCUGCAGGGGGGGUUACUGAGCUCUAGUUUCCCCCCCGGCCCUGUGCCCCUGGUGCCCCCAGAUGCUCACCUGCAGGAGGGCGGCGACCCCCUGGACGGGGCCGCCUCUCAACCGCAGCAGCACCGGCCCCUGGCGCCCAGCACCUCAGCGUCCGAGCUGUCCCUCCCCGGAGCGGCGGCGCCCCCUCCAGGGCCCGGACCCCCUCCCCCUCCUCCGCCGCCCCCCAAACGCCACUGCCGCUCGCUGUCGGUGCCCGAGGACCUGUCGCGCUGCCGCUACACCUGGCGACCCAGCGCCUCACGGGUCUGGACUCCUGUCAGUCGCCAGCAGUGCCAUGGGGGAGCCGGGGGAGGGGUUGCAGGUGGGGGGGUCGGGGCAGGAGGAGGGGGUAUAGGUGUGGGAGCGGCUGGGGGCGGAGCCUGCCCUCUCCGAGCUCCCAGCUCCUCCCUGAACUCGUCGCUGCACUCCUCGUCCAGCCCCACCUUCUUCAGCCUGGCGCUGUCGCCGGACUCCCCGCUGCCCUGGACCUUCCCCUGGGACCCCAGCGAGGCGGCGGCGGGGGGAGGAGCCUGCUGCUGCUUCUUCCCCUCGCCGUCCUCCUGCUCCUCCUCACCCUCCCCCCUCCACCCGCCUCCCCCUCCUCAGAGGCGAUUCUCCCUCUCCCCUGUGCUCAUCAGAGACUCGGCGGCCUCCACCUUCCUGCCCCCGCCUCCGGUGCCGAGCCAGUCGGCGGUGCCUCCGCCGGGCUGCGCCGCUGCGGCCGGAGCGACCGCAGGGGUCCCGGUGCCCGCCUCGCCGUCCUCGGCCUGCAGCACGCCGUCGUCUCUGCGCCGCAGCCUCCCGCCACAGCUGCCGCGCUGCCACUCGCAGCCCUGUGACCUGCUGCUGCUCAAACCGGGUCUGAAGCGACGCCGCGACCCUGACCGACCCUGCGCCCGACCCGUCCUCGACUUCACCAAGAUGACGCAGACUCGCAGCAUCGACCCACAGUGUCUGGAGCGCGGUGGCGGCAGGCUGGCCUGCGGCGGCGACAUUUGCAUGGGCAUGGAGCCCUUCAUGGGCGACUUCCGGGGUUCCUGCUCGCCGGCCGAGUGUCUGGGCAGGACCAGCAUCGGGCCGCUGAGCGAGAGCGACGAGGAGUGCCGCGAGGACGACGACGACGAUGACGAUGACGGGGAGGAGGAGCCAGAUGAGCGCGAGGCGGCGCAGCAGGCCGUGUUCGAGAGGGACUGUACAGAACUGGACUUGAACUUAAUAGAAGAAAACUGACGUAUUUGUAAAUGAAGGCUGUUCUCUGUUUUCUAAUUUAGUUUUAUUUUGAAACCCCCUUCGUCAUGGACCACCAUCGUCUCAACACUCGGCGCCUCCUUGCCACCAAUCAGCAAGGCUCUCAGGAACAACACCUUCUCUCAUUGGAUGAGCUGAUUGAUGACGACAGUGAUGAUGUGGCUGCCGGCGUUAAGGACUCUUUAAGUGCUGCGGCUUCACCUGGACUCACCUGGAGCGUCUCUGCUGUGUGUUGUACAGCGAGGAUCUCCACUACAGGUGUGUGAAGCCCAGACGGUCCAGGUUUUCUCCAACACGCAGCCGCCGAGUCUCUUUUAUGGUCUGACGAGGCGUCCGCCGUGAAGCGACCUGAAACGUCACCACGCCGACCGCACAGCAGGUUCAGCUGCAUCCAAAACACCAAAGAUUCCAAAUCUUUCAGGUUGACGGUUCCUGAUCGUUUUUAGAGAUCAGUUAUUAGAGGAAAAUGCAGAAAAAUCACAGAUUUUAAAAAAUAAAUAACUGGAGCAAACUGAAGAAUUAACAAACUUGAAGCUGCUUGAGGGGAAACUUAAAAGAUUUAAUUAGAACCCAAACAAUUUGCCCAAACUUUGCGCUUAUACAUAUUAAAAGUUCGCGCUGAAAAUAAAAAGGAUGAUGUCAUUGUUAAACGUUUCACAAAUUAGUUCAAACUUACCUUUAAGACGAUGCUCGACUCCACACCUCCGUCUGCUCAGCUGUGCUACGUACUCUGCUGCAUGUGCUGCAGACAGCACUGGACAAACUUUACGAUAACACCAUUUUUAGAUGACCUUUUUCUGAACUAUGUUCAGUAAAAAAUACACAUCAGCGCACACCGAACAAGCUUCGGUCAAAAUCAAAAGAAUUUAGUAAAUAUGUGGCUGUCUCAGAUUUUGUUCAGAGUUUACGGAUUUGUUAUGAAGCAACUCGUGGCUUUGCACAUGUAUUGACAACAUAAAGACCCCAAUGAACACCA